UUUUUACCCUUGUUAGGGUUUCGGGGCGAUUAGGGCUUUUGCCAUGGAGAAGAAAGAGGAGACGAAGGAGGAGAAGACGCCGACGCCACAGGAGCCGCCAGUUCCUCGCUCCUGCCGCAAGAGAUCCAAUCCAGAUGCGUCCUUCAUCCAGGACGUGAGGGAUCACUUGGACGAGUUCAUGAGCGCGUCCAUGGAGGAUCACAAGAAUUGCUUCAUGAACACGCUCGGCAAGAUGUUUGGAAAGCCGGCCCCCAAACAGGAGGCCGCGUCGAGCAGCAGUCCGCCGAUCGAGGGCGUUCUUGCGACCACAUCGAAGUAGGUGCUCGCUCUAUCGAGGUAAAAUUUCCCCGCGCGUGGAGAGAUUUCUUGGUGGCAACACUUGGAUUUCUUUCAGGGGCAAGAGCAAGAGCAAGGAAUGAGAGGAGAAAUUUUUCUUGUGAAUACACAACUCGAGGGAUAGCGCUAUGUUUUAAUCAAUAAAGAAGCUUUUCUUUCUUCU